UGCCAGCCUCGUUCCAGAGACAUGAUGGUGAAGGUCGGAGUGAACGGAUUUGGCCGUAUUGGACACCUGAAUGGGAAGCUUGUCAUCAACGGGAAGGUCAUCACCAUCUUCCAGGAGCGAGAUCCCACCAACAUCAAAUGGGGAGAUGCCGGCGCCGAGUAUGUUGUGGAGUCUACCGGUGUCUUCACCACCAUGGAGAAGGCUAGGGCCCACUUGAAGGAUGGGGCCAAGAGGGUCAUCAUCUCCGCCCCUUCAUUCGAUGCCCCCAUGUUUGUGAUGGGUGUGAACCAUGACAAGUAUGACAAUGCCCUCAAGAUUGUCAGCAAUGCUUCCUGCACCACCAACUGCUUAGCCCCUUUGGCCAAGGUCAUCCAUGACAACUGUGGCAUCGUGGAAGGACUCAUGACCAUAGUCCAUGCCAUCACGGCCACCCAGAAGACUGUGGAUGGCCCCUCUGGGAAGCUGUGGCGAGACGGCCGUGGCGCUGCCGAGAACAUCAUCCCUGCGUCCACUGGCGCUGCCAAGGCUGUAGGCAAAGUCAUCCCAGAGCUGAACAGGAAGCUCACGGGCAUGGCCUUCCGCGUUCCUACCCCCAGUGUGUCCGUUGUGAAUCUGACAUGCCGCCUGGAGAAAGCUGCCAAGUAUGACGACAUCAAGAAGGUGGUGAAGCAGGCAUCCGAGGGCCCACUAAAGGGCAUCCUGGGCUACACUGAGGACCAGGUCGUCUCCUGUGACUUUAACAGUGACUCCCACUCUUCCACCUUCGAUGCUGGAGCUGGCAUUGCUCUCAAUGACAACUUUGUAAAGCUCAUUUCUUAGUACGACAAUGAAUUCGGCUACAGCAACAGAG